UUCAGCCGCAUUGUCAUGGCGCCGUGCGUGCCUGAGCUGAUGUUGUGUGGACGCUCGCGUUGCCCUAGCGUCCUCGGCAGUAGUGUGUAGGGCGCGCAGCAAUGGCGGCAGAUGCCGCGGCCCCGAUGGGAGGCCUGUUUCUAAAUCCCGAGCAUCGAUCGUCAAAGGUAUGGAAGGAUAAUGUCAGCACCGAUGCUCACGGCACGCCGUUUGCGAGGAAAUCAGUGGCGGUGGAGGACAAUGAGGACGCGGAAGCGCUCAUGUGGGCAGCGCUGGAGGAGUUCCCAGCCUACGAGCGCCUCCGCAUGGUUUUUUUGAACGAGGAGGAGAAGGUCCCGGUGGAUGUGAGGUACCUGAGCAGGGGUGAGAGGCAGCGGGUGUUGGAGAGCGCGUUUGCCACCACCGAUCAAGACAAUCUCCACCUCUUGCAGCGGCUCAAGGAGCGCCUCCAGAGGGUCCGCAUUGCGCUUCCCACGGUGGAGGUUCGCUUCGAGCAUCUCCGGAUCAGUGCUGAUGUUCACGUUGGAUCGAGAGCUUUACCAAGCCUCACAAACUUCGUGAGGAAUUUUGUGGAGGACAUGCUAGUUUCCAUGAAGAUCAUGUCAUCGGACAAGAAGGAUUUUAAGAUUCUCAAGGACGUGAGUGGGGUCAUCAAACCCGGAAGAAUGACUCUUUUGCUGGGACCGCCUGGAGCCGGAAAGUCGACGUUGCUGGUGGCACUCGCUGGAAAACUUGAAGCGGAUCUGAGGGCAACCGGUACAAUAACUUACAACGGCCAUGGCUUCAACGAGUUUGAGCCCCUGGGAACUUCUGCGUAUAUUGGUCAAGAGGACAACCAUAUUGGAGAGAUGACUGUCCGAGAGACACUGGAUUUUUCUGCUCGCUGCCAAGGUGUUGGCUACAAAAACGAGAUGCUAACUGAGCUAGUCGGCAGAGAGAAGGAGCGACACAUUCACCCGGAUCCUGAAAUCGAUGCCUUUAUGAAGGCAAUGGCUGUUAAAGGGAAAAAACACAGUAUGGCUACAGACUACAUGAUGAAGGUGCUUGGCUUAGAAGUUUGUGCCGACACUUUGGUGGGGAAUGAAAUGCUUCGUGGCGUCUCAGGAGGGCAGAAGAAACGCGUGACUACAGGUGAAAUGGUUGUGGGGCCGAAAAAGACGCUUUUUAUGGACGAAAUCUCGACCGGGCUCGAUAGUUCCACCACGUUUCAAAUCGUCAAGUGCGUCAGAAAUUUUGUUCAUUUGCUCGAAGGGACAGUUCUGAUGGCGCUUCUUCAACCUCCUCCAGAAACGUAUGACCUUUUUGACGACGUGUUGCUACUAGCUGAAGGAUACGUAGUUUAUCUCGGUCCGAGAGAGAGCAUACUACACUUUUUCGAAUUGAUGGGUUUUAAGUUGCCACCUCGGAAAGGAGUUGCUGAUUUUCUUCAAGAGGUAACCUCGAAGAAGGAUCAGAAGCAAUACUGGGCAGACAAGAGCAGGCCAUACCAGUACAUUCCAGUCGCGGUGUUUGCCGAGGCAUUCCAAGAUUAUCAAGCUGGUAAAGACCUUAGCGCGCACCUUGCCACCCCUUAUAACAAAGCAGGCAGCCAUCCUGCGGCUCUGUCGAAACGAAAGUAUGCAAUGUCAAGCUGGGAAUUGUUCAAGGCAUGCACCCAACGAGAAAUCCUCUUGAUUUCACGUCACAGAUUUCUCUACAUUUUUAAAACUACUCAGGUAGCCAUAAUGGCAAUAAUUACGGGAACGUUGUUCCUUCGAACGACAAUAGAGCCGACUAAUGAAAUCUACGGGAAUAUGUACCUCGGCUGCUUGUUUUUUGCGCUUAUUCACAUGAUGUUUAAUGGCUUCUCCGAGAUGGCCAUCACGGUUCAUAGGCUUCCUGUCUUCUACAAGCAGAGAGAUAAUCGCUUCUAUCCUGCUUGGGCGUUUUCGUUGCCGAGCUGGUUUCUAAGAAUCCCUUACUCGGUGGUGGAAGCGGUUAUAUGGUCCUGUAUUAUAUACUAUUGCGUAGGCUUCACACCAGAGGCUGACAGGUUCUUCCGAUACAUGUUUCUAUUAAUGCUGAUGCAUCAAAUGGCAUUGGCAAUCUUUAGACUGAUUGGAGCUCUUGCUAGAGAUAUGGUGGUAGCAAAUACCUUCGGUUCAUUCGCUCUUCUUAUUGUAUUUUUGUUGGGUGGUUUUAUUAUAGCUAGAAAUGACAUACAUCCUUGGUGGAUAUGGGGGUACUGGCUUUCGCCUCUCUCUUAUUCACAGAAUGCCAUAGCUGUGAAUGAAUUUCUCGCUCCUCGAUGGAACCAGAAUGUUGCCACUGGAUAUAGAAAGCUUUAUAUCAACAUAAUGAAGCCAAGAGGAUUGUUUUUGGAAAGUUGGUGGUACUGGGUGGGAGUGGGCGUGCUGACCGGGUAUAUGCUCUUGUUCAACCUGGUUGUGAUCCUUGCGUUUGCGUAUCUAGAUCCGCUGGGGAAACCACAGGCUGUCAUCCCAGAGGAUCCUGUUGAGCCACCGUCAGUUGAAGCUGCUGUUCCAGAAACAGCAACAAAGAGAACGUUUCGAUCCGAUGGGACUCCGGAAAUGACUCUGGAUGUGGCUGCACUGGAAAAAAGAGAUUCAGGCAAGAAGAAAGGAAUGAUCUUGCCAUUUCAGCCUUUGUCCUUGACGUUUUUGAAGAUGUGCUACUACGUCGAUAUGCCUGCUGAAAUGAGAAGCCAGGGCCUGACUGACGCUCGACUACAGCUUCUUCGUAAUGUGAGCGGUGCAUUCAGGCCUGGUGUCUUGACUGCUCUUGUCGGUGUAAGCGGUGCGGGCAAGACGACGCUGAUGGAUGUUCUUGCUGGGAGAAAGACGGGUGGAUAUAUAGAAGGUGAUAUACGAGUAUCUGGCUACUCCAAAGUUCAGAAGACUUUCGCUCGUAUUUCUGGAUACGUGGAGCAGACGGACAUUCACUCCCCUCAAGUGACCGUUUACGAGUCUUUACUGUAUUCCUCGUGGCUACGGCUUCCACGAGAAGUGAACAAAACUACCAGAUAUGCGUUUGUGGAGGAAAUAAUGUCCCUGGUGGAGCUGGAUACGCUAAGAAAUGCUCUGGUGGGCCUUCCAGGGAGCACCGGUCUCUCUACUGAGCAACGGAAAAGGCUGACCAUUGCUGUGGAACUCGUGGCCAAUCCUUCAAUAAUCUUUAUGGAUGAGCCCACAUCCGGACUGGAUGCUCGUGCUGCCGCGAUAGUGAUGAGGACAGUCAGAAAUACUGUUGAUACAGGGCGUACUGUAGUUUGCACGAUUCAUCAGCCAAGUAUAGACAUCUUUGAGGCUUUCGACGAGCUCUUGCUGAUGAAAAGAGGUGGUCGUGUCAUCUACAUGGGACCGCUCGGGGAGAACUCUCAAACGAUGAUUGAUUAUUUCAUGACCGUUGAAGGCGUUCCAAUUAUUAAAGACGGAUAUAAUCCUGCAACAUGGAUGCUUGAAGUAACUAGUCCUGCGGCAGAGGCGCGGCUGAAAAAGGACUUUGCUGACAUUUACUCUGUUUCGGAUUUACACAGGGAAAUAGAAGAGCUUAUCGAGGAACUGAGUGUGCCACCACCUAGUUCCAGAGAUCUCUCUUUUCCAACGGAGUAUUCUCAGGAUUCAAUGACACAGUUUAAAGCAUGCUUGUGGAAGCAAAACUUGACGUACUGGCGCAGCCCAAAUUACAACGCUGUUCGAUUUUUCUUUACUCUGAUUUGUGCUUUGAUUUUUGGCUCUGUUUUCUGGGACAUAGGAAGCAAAAGGGGUAGCCAACAAGAUCUGUUUAACGUCAUGGGAGCUCUCUAUGCAGCGGUGUUGUUUCUUGGGAUCAAUAACGCUUCAAGCGUACAACCGAUUGUCUCCGUUGAGCGCACGGUCUUUUAUCGCGAAAGAGCGGCUGGAAUGUACUCGCCUUUGCCGUAUGCCUUCGCACAAGGUGCCAUCGAGAUCCCGUACCUUGUACUGCAAACUAUCAUAUACGGGCUCGUCACUUACUCAAUGAUCCAUUUUGAGUGGACUGCCGCCAAAUUCUUUUGGUAUUUGCUCUUCAUGUUUCUAACUUUCACGUACUUCACGGUUUACGGGAUGAUGGCCAUUGGCCUGACGCCGUCGCAGCAACUAGCAGCGGUCAUCUCUUCUGCAUUUUACUCCCUAUGGAAUCUUUUCUCCGGGUUUAUCAUACCACAGCCCCUUAUCCCUGGCUGGUGGGUCUGGUUCUACUGGAUCAGUCCAAUUGCCUGGACUCUAUAUGGCCUGAUCGGCUCGCAGUUAGGAGACGUCAAGGAACGUAUGACUGCACAAGGCUAUGGUACGAUUCAGGUGGACGUGUUUUUGCGGCACUACUUUGGCUUCAGGCACGAUUGGCUUGGAUACUGCGUUGCUGUCCUUAUUGCCUACAUCGUGGUUUUCUGGUUUGGGUUUGCGUAUUCCAUCAAGUACAUCAAUUUCCAAAAGCGCUGACCUUGGUGUGUUUUAAUACUUAGGUACCUAGUGUUCUGUGGGAUCCGGGGAGGGAGGGGGGGACAUUUGGCAACGUUUGGCCUAAAAGGGCCGCUGUACAGCUCAGUUUGUUGUAAAGCAAAGCAAUAUUCA